CAAAGUGGCUCGACAGUCGCCACUCUUGGCUCACAGCUGAGGCAUGACUACCGCACGGCUCACCGUGAGAUUAUCGCAAUUAUCUCUCCAUGCCUUGCCCAGCAUACGGUCCAGCUCAGUUCCGCUGCCCCUCUUAGCGCCAGCCUCCAUCCCCACCCAGGCACAGCUCACCUGGGUCUCCUAUGUGCACCGGGAUCCCAAUUACAAACACUUUGCGCCAAACUUCGGCUUCAAGAGGAAACACUAUAUUGAGAAAUUCAAGAAAGACAGGAAGCAGAAGUUCAUCAAGGUUAACCUUCCUGAUCCCAAUGAGAAGGAUGACUAUGACUCCAUGACACCUGAGGAGAUAAGAGCUAAGAUGAAAGAGAAGGGCAUCAAGCCAGUGCGCCCGUGGCAAGAGCGUCCCGUGUGUAUCAGCAGCACCACCUCCACCUUUGAGCCAUACGUGCCUCCUGAGGGUGAUGGCAAGGUCUCCACACUCUCCACUGCAGGGGCCAAGCAGAAAAUAGAACGCUUGGAGAAGAAAGGCAAGUCCAUGAUGGCAGUCCGGAAAAUCAGACAGUUUGAUGAUGAUUUUGACCCAAAGUUGUUUGCUGCAGAUGCUCAGGAGAUUUAUAUUGCUUCACACAGAGCUUUGGCAGACGGCGACAUGAACAAGCUGCACCAGUGUGUGACAGAACGAGCAUUUCCAUUAGUCACCCACGAGAGUCGCCACAAGACUAUCCGCUGGCAGUUCCUUGGGUCACUUGAGCCACCACGGGCUGUGCACAUCCGCUGCACUGAUGUCAUCUCCAAAGAGAAUAUAUUUGCUCAAGUUACCGUCCGCUUCCACACCAAGCAGACCCUGGCAGUGUAUGACCGGUUUGGACGACUGCUUCAUGGCUCAGAGGUGGUGGCAAGGGAUGUGCUGGAGUAUGUGGUGUUUGAGAAGCAUAUGGCUAACACAUACGGACUCUGGCGUGUCCAUGACAAGAUUAUUCCUGACUGGAUGCCACCAAAACAACCAGUCCGGAGGACCUAUAGGGUAAAAGAGAUGGAGGAGGAGGAGGAGGAGGCUACCCCAAGCAAAGAGGAAACAUCUGAAGUCGCAGACUCACAGAAUGAAAAACCUGCUGUUGCAGUUGCCUAAAAUAACAUAUGUAAAGAGAAUAUUGAAUAACAUGUAAAGAGAAUAUUGAAUGCAGUGAAGUUUUAUGAUAAAUUAAGGCCUGUGAUGUAUUUAUUAUUUGUAAGAAUCAACCAAAGGGCUUUGUUGAUCAAUAUUUGAUAACUCAUUCCAUCCUGGAGCAUCUGUUAUGAGGGUGACUACAACACAAGAGCCUGUAACUCUCUCCAUUCAAACAUUCCCUUCUUGCUUGUUUAAAAACUUUGCCUUCCUCUUCUUUUAAUGCCUUAAACUUGCAUUGACUUCCUUUACAAACUUCUCUUCAUUCUCUCAAUGUAGGCAUACUGUCUUGGUUGUGUUCCUUUACAUUCACAAUUUAUACUACUUGCACAUCUCUUGUGCACAUUCUUAUUGCUCUCACCUUCCCAUCUUGUCCCUCCACACAACCCUCUUUGAUAAUUAAUUUCCACAGCACAUGCUCUCAAUUUGUCCUAUUCUGUGGCCUGGUCUCUGAUCCAUACAAUUUUCUGGCAGGAGAAUACUAUUACUCAAGCCUCCCUUUGCAUCUGUAGACACAUUUCUCCCUUUCAUGACUUAGGGUGGUUCUUACCUCCCAAAACUUUCAAAUCUUUCCUACCUGUUUAGUAGACACAUUUCUCCCUUUCAUGACUUAGGCUGGUUCUUACCUCCCAAAACUUUCUCUCAAAUCUUUCCUACCUGUUUAAUGCACACAAAAUCCUUGUAUUUCUUUGUAAAAUUCUUCCAUCCCUCAGAAAUCAUGUUGAUGUAACAGCUUUAUGGAGGUGCUCAUGGUAAAGAAUUAUUCAGAUCUGAACAAGGCAAAGGUAAUGAAAAUGAGUGGUGGCUCAGAUCUUAGAAGAAAAGUGAUGUUAUGUAGCAACUAUUUGAAGACUGUAAAUAAAUCUACUUAUGUUA